CCGCACUUCGCCUGCUCUCCCCCGCUCUCUGCUCGCUCCUUUCCCUCGUAUCAUGCUUGUCACUGCACGGCAAUGCCACACGUAGCUCAGCAGAACGAUGUAGACAUCAUCGAGCUCGACUCCUCUCCCGACCUACGCCCGCAAACUCGCGCUCGGCGAGCCAACCGCCCAGCAGGCAAGGGCAAGAAACGCGCGCAGUUCGUCCCGACGGGCGAUGUCAUCGAGCUCUCCGACUCGGACGUGGAGGCUCCCGUGGUUCAUGUACCGCGAAGGCAGCGUCCCUCGCCUGCAGGAGCGGGCGCGCCUGUGGCGGGACCGUCGCGGGUCGUUCAGCUGCCUUUGUUUUUCCCCGGCUCGGACGACGAGGCAAGUGUAGGCCACGCGUCCAUGGCCUCUUCUUCGAAGAACGGAGACUCUGUAGAUAUACCUGGCAACAUGGCCAACCUACACAUAGGCCAAGUCGCGCCCGCCGCCGCCCUACUUGCACAGCCUGCGGUUCCGGACGUUCCACCACAGGAAGCGCCAGCAAUGCCCGUCGAUCCCGAACCAAAUGCCAUGGUGGUCAAAAUCCCAGUCGACGACGGCCCCACUCGGAGGGACGGCUACGUUGCGCAGGUCCUGGAAAUUGUGCCCGAUGUGCUCCCGGAACAUGUGCGCACGCUGUUGCAGCUGCACGAACCCGCCUUCAAGGACCGGGCUGUCGAGCAGAUCCUGCAUACCCUCUUCGAGAAUCCAAACUAUCCGAAAGCCGAGUCGAAGGGGAAAGGAAAGCGCAAGAGGGAGGAUGCAGACGACGAGCGUGAGGCCAAGAGCGUCAAGGUCGACUACGCGAGCACGAACAGGGAGUUUUAUGGGCCGAUGUAUGCUUUACAAGCUUUGGAACGGCUUUAUGUGGACUUUCCUACCGUCCCCGUGGCCCAUGUCCGGGCAACGUUCCGGAGUUGUAGCCAGCUAUACGCACCCACGUACAUUUACCUCCACGAGGAAGCGAACAGCCCGAACCCUCCUUACAGGCCCAAGUCCGCUUCGUCCAAGCGCCAGCCCAAGGGCAAGUUGAAGCCACACGAGGAGCUCGAAAAGGAGAUUGCCUGGGUGGAGCUCAAGUUCAUGGCGGAACCGGGCAACGCAGCUGGGGAAGCAGCCAGCGCGCCUGCCGCCGCUGUCGUCGCCGCUCCUGCGGAACUGGAGCCCGAAGACGGCGGCAUUGAGUGCGGUUGCUGUUUCACGAACUACGCCUUCGACAAGAUGAUCCAAGAACUGCUCGGCUCGCACGACGCGAACAUCGUGUGCAUGGACCAGUCCGGGUGCAAGCUCGUCUUCCCGGAGUCCGAGCUCAGGCGCUUCCUCACCCCGAAGCUGCUCAGCCUGUACGAGCGCGUGACGCAGCGCAAGGAGAUCGAGGCCGCCGGUCUGGUGGGCCUGGAGGAGUGCCCGCACUGCGACUACAAGGUCGUGAUCGAGAACGACCAGGAGAAGCUGUUCCGGUGCCAGAACGAGGACUGUAUGGCGGUGACGUGUCGCCAGUGCAAGAAGCCCGAUCACCUCCCGAAGAGUUGCAAGGAGAUGGAGGACGACAAGAAGCUUGAUGCACGGCAUACGAUCGAAGAGGCCAUGACUGCUGCCCUCAUGAGGAACUGCCCUCGCUGCCAGAAAGUGACACGAAUUCUCCAGUGCAACAAAAUGGUCUGCCCGAAUUGUCGCACGCUGUCGUGCUACGUCUGCCGCAAGGUCAUCAAUGGGUAUGACCACUUCAACAACCCCCCGCCCUACAAUGGCCACAAAGACCCUAACAAGUGCGAGCUAUGGGACUCGGUUGAGAAGCGCCACAGCGAAGAGGUAACUGCUGCUGCCAAGAGAGCGGUGGAGGAAUACAAGCGCGCGCAUCCAGAAGUGGCCGAGGAGGAUCUUCGAGUCGACCUGCCGCCUGCGCCCGUCGCGGGCCCCUCCAAUGUCCCAGGCAUGCCUCAACGUCCCAUGCCGGCCCAGCGAGUCUUCGUGGAGAACGACCCUUUCGGCUUACAAGCGUACGGAGGAGGCCUCGUCAUGCACCAUGCAGCACCUCCGCCCCCUCCGAUGGGCCAUCCCGACAUCGUGGACAUCCAGCGCGGCCAUCACGCACAAGUAAUGGCAAUGAGACAGGCACAGGCAGAGAUGCAGAGGGCGGCGCGGCUGCUGCGAGCUCAGGAGCGGCUGCGGGAUGUCGCGCAUCUGGAGGGUCUGGGGUAUGCAGCGGCGCCUCCGGCUAUGCCGCCGCUGCCCCCGAGGGCUGCGGCGGCGCUCUACUAUGCUGGCGACCCUCCGCCGAUGUAUGAUGCUCCCCCGGCGGCUGCGCCACCUCCGCCUCCCGUAGUUGCCGGGCGGGGUGCAGUGAGGCGGGCGAGGGCGCGCAGAUGAGUGCCGGGGGUGGUGCCGGUGAACCCUGUGUUGUUGUGUUGAAAUGUCUAUGGUCUUGACGUCUCUUGCUUCCACGAAUCAUUAAGCUAGAUUAUCACCGCGUAUUAUGUAUGCUCAUGCUGCAUGCUACACAUUUUAUGGAAAUUACUGUAUGUGACAAUAAGUGUAUGUUUGC